AUACACCCCUUCUCUAUUCUAACGCUUGGCAUUUUCGUAGCCGGCUAUAUCACCGCUCGAUGGGACCUCGUCACCCGCCUCUAUGAACUUGCCAUCUUUGCCUGGAACUACGGAGUGGUCACUCGUGCCGCCAAGGGCUUCGCCGUCCUCAGCCUCUUUUUCCUCUUGAUAUUCCUGCCCGUAGAGCGCCUUGCAACCCGCGAGUCCGACCUACAUCCACGAUCAAUUGGAUCCGGUAUAUCGGCUAGGGAACAACUGAGGCGACGGGGUUCUUUCUAG